UCUCUCUCUCCACUCUCUGUCCACUGCAUCCAUGGCGUCUCCUUCCACUCCAGCUCUCCUCUCUCUAGCCCUCUCUCUCUCUCUCCCCCUCAUCGUCGCCUCCAUUGGCAUCAACUAUGGCCAAGUGGCCGACAACCUCCCUCCCCCUCAGAAAGUCAUCCCUCUCGUCAAAUCCAUCGGCGCCACCAAGGUCAAGCUUUACGACGCCGACCCACAAGUCCUCCGCGCCUUCGCCGGAUCCGGCGUCGAGUUCACCGUCGGUCUGGGCAACGAGUACUUGACCCAGAUGAAAGAUCCGGGCAAAGCCCUAGACUGGGUCAAGCAGAACGUCCAGGCUUAUCUCCCUUCCACCAAGAUCGUCGCCAUUACCGUCGGCAACGAGGUCCUGACAUCUAACCAGACUUCUCUCGUCGACGCUCUCUUCCCGGCGAUGCAGAAUAUCCACUCUGCCCUCGUCGAUUGCGGCCUCAACAAGCAGAUCUUCGUCACCACUGCUCAUUCCCUCGCCGUCCUCGACGUCUCCUACCCUCCGUCGGCCACCGCUUUCCGCCAUGACCUCCUCCCUUGCUUGACUCCGAUCUUGGACUUCCACACGAAGACGGGCUCUCCUCUAUUGAUCAAUGCCUACCCUUACUUCGCAUACGAGGAGAAUCCCAAGCACGUCGCUCUAGAUUUCGUCCUGUUUCAGCAGAACCAAGGGUUCACCGACCCAGGAACCAAUUUUCACUACGACAACAUGCUCUUCGCUCAGGUGGAUGCUGUCUACCACGCCCUCGACGGCGUCAAUUACAAGAAAGUGCCGAUAGUGGUGUCGGAAACUGGGUGGCCCUCCAAUGGCGACGAGGAAGAGGUGGGUGCCACGUGUGACAAUGCUCGGAAGUACAACGGGAAUCUGAUAAAGAUGAUGAUGAGUAAGAAGAUGCGGACUCCGAUGAGGCCAGACUGCGAUCUCACCGUUUACGUGUUCGCUCUCUUUAACGAGAACAAGAAGCCAGGGCCCACCUCCGAGAGGAACUACGGUCUCUUCCAGCCCGACGGCACUCCCGUUUACUCCCUCGGGAUCAAAGUCGGCAGCGUCUCCGGCGGCAGCGGCGGUAACAGUAGCGUCUCCGGCGGCGGCGGAGGAGGAGGAGGAGGCGGAGGAAGUGGCGGUCCCGGCGGCGUUUACACGCCGGGGAUCUCUGAAAACCCAAGUCCUGAUUACAUGUCCAUCUCCUCCGCAGCGGACAAAAGUAGAUUCUUAGAGUGCGUGAUGCUCCUCUUGCUCGGCUUCAUCAAGCUGCUGCUGUAGAAUCUUCCGCUGCUGUCGUGGUGAGGCAUUGAUGAUGUCAUUUUAGUCCGUAAAUUGACUUUUAUUAGUUUGUUAUGUGUUAUUUGGUCGGAGGGUUCUGUGGUAUGUGGCUUUUUUUUAAGGUAAACUCCUCUUCCAUCUUUGGGGCAUAACGUUCUAUUUUGCACUCAGAUCCCAUCUUCCAAUGAUUUUUAUUUUAAUUUAAUCCUUUUUUCUUCUUGUC